AUGAGCUCGGAGGAGGUUGUUCCACUAAUUAAUGAUUCGCCACAAGAUAGGUAAGUUUUUUAAUUGAUAAAAUCUAGAAAAAGUUGUAUCCCUCCAAAUCUCACUAUUUUUCAGUAAUCUCUCAUAUUACACUGACGAUGCAGGUGAAUCCGAAUACAUCACCGAAUAUGGCGAUGGUUCACAAGCAGCUCAACGAGCCCACCGACCAACUGGUGCAACAGUAACAUGCCGUGUUUGUGAUGCUUCAGUUCAAUUAGAAGGCCGAAAUACACAACAUGUUGUAAAAUGUCAUAAUUGUGAUGAAGCGACACCAAUUCGACCAGCUCCACCUGGAAAAAAAUAUGUGAGAUGUCCCUGCAAUUGUUUAUUGAUUUGUAAAGCAUCGUCGACGAGAAUUGCGUGUCCCAGGAAUAAUUGCAGACGGGUUAUCACUUUGGGUGAGUUUUGGGGUAUUUAAAUUUAGUAUUUUUUGAAUAUUUUGAGCCUAAAACCCCAUGUUUUCAGAUACUGCCGGUCAACGUGAUCCAGCUAGUGCAAUUCGUGCUCCAACUGGAAGUUGUCGUGUUUCCUGCGCCCACUGUAAUGAGAUUUUUCUUUUCAACACUUUGACUAACUCUUUGGCAACUUGUCCGCAUUGUAGAAAACAGUGAGUAUUUUGAGAGGAGAGGGGAAUUUGGAAAAUUGGCGUAGAAAAAUUUCAAGAACUUCAAAAUGAGUCGAAAAAGUUUCAGAUUUUUACCGAAAAAAAAACCAUUUCGCAUAAAUCCCUUUUUUUGCAGUUCGGCAGUUGGUCCAUUUGCUCGCCGUCGAUCAAUAUUAUUUUUUGUUCUAGCCGCAGUUUUGGCCAUUUUCUCAGUUUUGUUCACACUUUUAACCAAACAAUCGGUGAGUUUUUAUCUGAAAAUUUUUGAAGUUUUCAUCAAAAAUCACAAUUUUCACAUGAAACUCUCUUAUUUUUGCAGGGCCUCUCACGUGUUUUGAUCUAUCCAGCCUGGGUUCUUCUGUACUUUGUUACAGUACUCGCCGGAUAUAAAUCGUUUAAUUAUUGGAUGACACCAGCAAGUCAUGUUAUUGGACCAUUGUAAGUUAUUUUUGGAGAAAAUGUUGUUUUUAUUUUUGAGAAGAAAAACUAAAAUUCUGACUUAUUGAAUUUGAGAUUUUUUGAUAGAAAAAAUUAAAAAAAAGAUUUCUUACGUUUCAAAAUUUUUUCAUAUUUUCAACAGAAUUUCACAAAAAUGAUUCUUUAGUUACUUACUAUUUUUAACAUCCGAAAAUUCAGCAAAAAUGUUGAUUUACUUUGAAAAUUUUUGAAAGAAAACGGCCCAAUUUUUAGGGCUGGAAGCCCUGUAAAAAACUCAAACACAAUUCAUUUGUUUCCAGAGAAAGCGUCUGA